AUGUCUGGCUCAAGAGCAAGUAAAGGGUGUCAACAAUGCCGGAAGCGUAAAGUCAAAUGUGACGAAGGCCGUCCUUUUUGCAACCGCUGCAUCCAACGCGGUGAAGCAUGCUAUGGCUACCGCGACCCCCAAACCACCUACCUCUUCAAAUCAGAAAACGAGCGUACUGCAACGCUCGUCUCGCGGGCCCAAACAAGACCACGGCGCAGAGCCUCAUCUCUGUCAUCUAGCUCUCGUCUACGCAUCACGCUCUCAGUCAGCUCCAUAGAUGACAGCGACCUCGAGAACGCAGCCCAGGAUCUGGAUCUAGGGACUCCGUACCCGUGGCUGAAAGAUGGGUCGAAAGCACGUGAGCAAAGCGUCGAGAAGAGGGCUGUCGAUAAAUUCUUCGAGAAAUUCGUCCUCUUUCCCUGUAACUCAUCCUCCUCAUCUGGCUUCCUAGAACAGCUCCCCAUGCUGUUCGAAGAAGUGCAGACCGAAGGACGAGUAGCGCUGCGGUGGGCUGUGCGUGCUGCGAGUUUUGCGAGUCUGAAUAAUGAACAGGGGAAUGAGCAGUUGGAGCGGAAGGCUAGUGUGUGUUAUGGGAAGGCGUUGGAGGCGCUGGGUGACUCGUUGAGGAAUAAAGAGGAGGCUGUUAGCGAUUAUACGCUUAUGACCGUCGUCAUGCUCGAUCUAUUCGAAACCAUCUUCAUACAAGUCCCCACCCACAGCCGUAGCGCACAUACCGAAGGAAUGGCUCAAAUCCUGCGUCUGCGCGGUCCGGACCAGAUAUACUCCGCGCGCGGCUGGUCUCUAUACAGACUCGCGCACCACCGCUUGCAGCGGCAACAGCUCACUUACGACUCCGCGCCUGCGAUUUCCCAGGAACAGGAAGACUUGCUGUCGAGUUUGACGCCGGAUACGCCUAGUAACCGUAUCACGCAUGACAAUUUCGCCAUUUCGAAAAUCUGUGCUAGUGCACGUGAAUUGAGGGCGAAACUGGUAGCGGGCGAUGAGCGGAGCGAUGAAGAGACCAUGGAGCUGGUGAGGAAAAUGGUCGAGUUAGAUCGGACGGCGACGGGGUGGCGGGCUGGGCCGAGUUGGGAGUAUAGGGACGCGAGGAAGCAUGAUAUUGCGGGGGCACCGGAGUGGUUUCCAGCGCAUAUUCAACUCCAUCACGAUGCGUGGAUUGCUUAUGAGUGGAACUAUCACCGCACCGGCCGUAUCAUCCUGCAUACGCACAUACUGGAAUGUUUGGACCGGCUGCUAGAUUCUGUUUCUCUUGCUAGUUGGAGCUAUCCUUCACCGUACAUGCUCCCCCUCUCGCGAAACCCACUCUCCCCCCUUCCUUCCCCUCACAACUCACUAGCUAAAAACUCGCAUUCAAAUAGACCACAACGUACAUCCACAUCCAGCUGCGCAUCCUCCGCACCCUCCGAUUCCGCUCCCACGCUCUCCGAGCUCCAAGAAUACUACAUGCAUUCAAAAAGUGUAAUCUUGUCGCUCGCCGCAAAAAUAGUCUCCACGGCAUGCCUCCCCUUUGCCUGUUCCCCAACCCCAACCCCCACUAUCACUAAAACUAUCACUAACACCACCCAGGCCCCCCAAUCACUAGGAUUCAUCGAUUCCGCCGGGACUCUACUAAUCCCAACCCCAGAAGCAAGGGCAUUAGAAAGCGAGAUAUUGGAGGAGAAGAGAACCCUUCAAGGUGUAGGAGCAUACUUCCUUCUCUGGCCCAUAAAGGUAGUCAAGGGGAGUAAACAUGUACGGGAUGAAGAGAGGGAGUUGGCGACGCUGGUGAGUGAGAUGAUUAGGGACGUUACGGGGAUGAGGGGGCGUUUAGGAGAGAGGAGUUGCUUUUGA